AUGCCCGAUGGAGUUCCGUUCCUAUGGUCUCACCGGAAGAUUAAGGAUUUUCAUAGAAAUGAGAUCAUGUCAAUGGAAGCUGCUGGAAUCCGUAAGCAUGUCAUAAGAGAUGUUCUUCAAUGCAGAUAUGGAGGAUAUGACAAAGUUGGCAUUGUUACUAAGGAUAUUUACAACUAUUGUUCUAAGAACAAGAGGUCAAGAAUCGCAGAAGGUGAUGCAAGGACAAUUCUAGGUCUCAUGCUGAAGAGGAAGAACAGUGAUCCAGAUUUUUAUUUUGAUUAUAAAGUCGAUGAUGACAAUUUGCCACAUCAAACUGAUGGAACCUUCUGUGGGUUAUUUGUGCUCAAGUAUAUGGAGCUCUGGGAUGGAACAAGGCUAGUCCGAGAUUUCACACAGGAUGUCGUGCACAUCUUUCGGAUGAGUAUGAUUGCGGACAUUAUAUUUUCCCCGAUAAAUGAUAUUGAAGAAUCGAAAUAUAGCAUUGAAGGCAUCAUGCAAGCAUUGAAGCGUUAG